AUGGCGGCCGAGAUUCACUCCAGGCCGCAGAGCAGCCGUCCGGUGCUGCUGAGCAAGAUCGAGGGGCACCAGGACGCCGUCACGGCCGCGCUGCUCAUCCCCAAGGAGGACGGCGUCAUCACGGCCAGCGAGGACAGAACCAUCCGAGUAUGGCUGAAAAGAGACAGUGGGCAGUACUGGCCCAGCAUUUACCACACCAUGGCCUCUCCUUGCUCUGCUAUGGCUUACCAUCAUGAUAGCAGACGGAUAUUUGUGGGCCAAGAUAAUGGAGCCGUAAUGGAAUUUCAUGUUUCUGAAGAUUUUAAUAAAAUGAACUUUAUCAAGACCUACCCAGCUCAUCAGAACCGGGUGUCCGCCAUCAUCUUCAGCCUGGCUGCCGAGUGGGUGAUCAGCACCGGCCACGACAAGUGUGUCAGCUGGAUGUGCACCCGCAGUGGGAACAUGCUGGGGAGACACUUCUUCACUUCCUGGGCUUCGUGCUUACAAUAUGAUUUUGAUACUCAGUAUGCUUUUGUUGGCGAUUAUUCUGGACAGAUCACCCUGCUGAAGCUGGAACAGAACUCCUGUUCAGUCAUUACAACCCUCAAAGGCCAUGAAGGUAGCAUCGCCUGCCUCUGGUGGGACCCUAUUCAGCGGUUACUCUUCUCAGGAGCCUCUGACAACAGCAUCAUCAUGUGGGACAUCGGCGGACGGAAAGGCCGCACGCUCCUGCUGCAAGGCCAUCAUGACAGAGUGCAGUCCCUGUGUUACCUGCAGCUCACAAGGCAGCUGGUCUCCUGUUCCUCGGAUGGGGGGAUUGCAGUGUGGAACAUGGACGUUAGCAGAGAGGAGGCUCCUCAGUGGUUAGAGAGUGAUUCUUGCCAGAAGUGCGAGCAGCCCUUUUUCUGGAAUAUAAAGCAGAUGUGGGACACAAAGACACUGGGGUUGAGACAGCAUCACUGCCGGAAAUGUGGGCAGGCUGUGUGUGGGAAGUGCAGCAGCAAGCGCUCCAGCUACCCUGUCAUGGGCUUCGAGUUCCAGGUCCGCGUGUGCGAUUCCUGCUACGACUCCAUCAAAGACGAGGAUCGGACUUCUCUAGCAACCUUUCAUGAAGGAAAACAUAACAUUUCCCACAUGUCCAUGGACGUUGCUCGGGGACUGAUGGUGACCUGUGGGACCGACCGCAUCGUGAAGAUCUGGGACAUGACACCUGUGGUGGGCUGCAGUCUGGCAACUGGGUUUGCUCCACGUUGAUCCGGGAGCUGGGUGAGGUCUGCACCUUCCCUGUGGCACCCUUCACCAACGCAGCCCUUCCCCGUGGCUCCACGGUCGCAGUCACGGGAAUGGACAGUAGCCACUAAAAAAAAGCAACAUUUUUAAAGAGA